UCUUUUUUCAGUGCUACUCGUUCAGUUUCUCCUGCUCUACAGUAUACUUUCUAAAUGCUCUCUCAUUUCAGCUUUGAACUCUCCAUCUGCAAUUUGUUUCCACCGCUUUUCAACUCUGCAUUUGAUGCGAUUCUCUUCGAUUCCUCUCCAUGUUCGAUAUCGAAUCGCAGAGAUUUGAAACAUGAAGCUGACACCGAGAGAAGUUGACAAGUUAGGACUCCACAACGCUGGUUUUCUUGCUCAGAAGCGUCUCGCUCGUGGCCUCACACUCAAUUAUACUGAAGCUGUAGCUCUUAUUGCUACUCAGAUUUUGGAGUUUGUCCGCGAUGGUAACAAGACUGUGGCUGAAUUGAUGGACCUUGGAAAACAAUUACUAGGAAGGCGACAAGUUCUUCCAGCGGUUCCACAUCUUUUGCAUACUGUACAGGUUGAGGGAACAUUUCCUGAUGGGACCAAAUUAGUCACUGUUCACGAUCCUAUUGCUAGUGAAAAUGGGAAUUUGGAGCUAGCUUUACAUGGUUCCUUUCUUCCAGUUCCUUCACUUGACAAGUUUCCUGGAGUAGAUGAUGACGAAAUUCCAGGUGUGAUUAUCUUUGGAGAUGGAAAUAUUACACUCAAUCCUGGAAGGAAAGCAGUGAUUCUCAGAGUUGUUAACCGUGGAGACAGACCCAUUCAGGUAGGAAGCCACUAUCAUUUCAUUGAGACCAACCCUUCUUUGUAUUUUGAUCGAAUGAAAGCAUAUGGCAUGCGCCUGAACAUACUAGCGGGAACAGCUACACGAUUUGAGCCAGGGGAAAGUAAAAGUGUUAUCCUAGUAAGCAUUGGAGGUGGAAAGGUGAUCAGAGGUGGAAAUGGCAUUGUUGAUGGUCCAGUUGAUGAUGCUAACUAUGAAGCAGUAGCAAAAGCUAUAACCGAGGGAGGUUUUGGGAAUCAGGAAGAAACAAAUGCUAGUGAAGGCGUAACUGGAGAAGGUUCUACUUUCAGCACUAUUGUUUCUCAUGAGGCAUAUGCUAACAUGUAUGGCCCUACUACUGGUGACAAAAUUAGGCUUGGGGAUACCAAUCUCUAUGCAGAAAUUGAAAGAGAUUUUGCUAGUUAUGGCGAUGAAUGUAUUUUUGGAGGUGGGAAAGUGAUAAGGGAUGGAAUGGGUCAGUCAUGUGGGGAUCAACCAGUUGACUAUCUAGACACUGUUAUCACAAAUGCUGUGAUCAUUGACUAUAGCGGAAUCUACAAGGCAGAUAUUGGUAUUAGAGGUGGAAUUAUUGCUGCCAUUGGAAAAGCAGGAAAUCCAGAUACCAUGAAUGAUGUUAAUGAUGAUAUGAUCAUUGGGGUUAACACUGAGGUUAUUGCGGGCGAAGGAAUGAUUAUAACUGCAGGGGCCAUAGAUUGUCACGUGCACUUCAUAUGCCCCCAACUGGCAUAUGAAGCAAUAUCAAGUGGCAUCACUACACUUGUGGGAGGUGGAACAGGACCUGCUGAUGGGACACGUGCAACUACCUGUACUCCUGCUCCAUUCCAGAUGAAAUUGAUGCUGCAAUCUACUGAUGACCUGCCUCUGAAUUUUGGGUUCACUGGAAAAGGUAAUGGUUCCAAGCCUGCUGAGCUACGUGAAAUAAUCGAAGCUGGGGCAAUGGGGUUAAAGCUACAUGAGGACUGGGGAACUACUCCUGCUGCAAUAGACAGUUGUUUGACUGUUGCAGAAGAAUAUGAUAUACAGGUCAAUAUCCACACGGACACCUUGAAUGAAUCAGGAUUUGUAGAGCACACAAUUGCUGCAUUUAAUGGAAGAACUAUUCAUACAUAUCACAGUGAAGGUGCAGGUGGUGGUCAUGCUCCUGAUAUUAUCAAAGUAUGUGGUGUGAAAAAUGUCCUACCAUCAUCGACAAAUCCUACCCGGCCAUAUACUCGCAAUACUAUUGAUGAACAUCUUGAUAUGCUGAUGGUCUGCCACCAUCUUGAUAAAGACAUUCCAGAAGAUGUAGCUUUUGCUGAAUCAAGGAUAAGGGCUGAAACAAUUGCUGCAGAGGACAUAUUGCAUGAUAUGGGUGCAAUUAGCAUUAUAUCUUCUGAUUCACAGGCUAUGGGUCGCAUUGGAGAGGUCAUAAGCAGGACUUGGCAAACUGCUGACAAGAUGAAAUCACAAAGGGGAGCAAUUGGCCCUGGUGGAUCAGACAAUGACAACUUCCGUAUCAAACGAUACAUUGCAAAAUACACUAUAAACCCAGCAGUUGCAAAUGGGUUUGCUGAUUUAAUUGGUUCAGUUGAGGUAGGAAAGUUUGCUGAUCUUGUUUUAUGGAAGCCAUCUUUCUUUGGGGCAAAACCUGAACUGGUGCUUAAAGGUGGUGUAAUUGCAUGGGCUGACAUGGGUGAUCCAAAUGCAAGCAUCCCCACACCUGAACCGGUGAUUUCGAGGCCUAUGUUUGGAGCAUACGGCAAGGCUGGCAGUGCUAACUCCAUUGCUUUUGUCAGCAAGGCUGCCGUAAAUAAUGGGAUAAAGGCCAUGUAUAGACUGAACAAAAUGGUGAAAGCCGUGGGCGAUGUUAGGCGACUCACCAAACUCGACAUGAAGCUAAAUGAUGCCCUUCCAAGUAUCACGGUGGAUCCAGAAACAUACAUAGUGACAGCAGAUAAUGAGGUUCUCACCUGCGCUGCUGCCACCACGGUUCCCCUUUCGCGGAAUUACUUCCUCUUUUAGGUAUCAUUACGAACACCUUGACUAAAAAUUACAAUAAAUGCCAAAUGAAUGAAAUUCCAUUUUUUCCAUUAUUGUGUUGUAUCUUUCACUUAUGAUGUUAGUAUAAUGACAUCCUUGCCCUGAUAAUGCAUGCUAUUCAUCUUGGUAUUAUCAGUA